UCUCUCUUGAUAUUUCCAAGGUUUACCCGUACGUUUCAAUUCUCUAAACCAAAUGCCUUUCUCUCUCUUCUGUUUCAGGAUUGUCUUGCCAAAAUCAUUUUUGUAAUUUUUUUUUCCUUUUUAAACCAGCCAAUGGUUGAACUUGUCUUUUCUUUGUUACAAAGCAAAGCAAGAAGCCAGGCCGUGCUGGUAAUAAUUCUGACCAUAUCCGACAGAUUUCAGGGUUUCCCAGGUUUCAUUUGAAAAAAAAAAAAAAUAGAAAAAGAGAGAGAGAAUUCUUUUCCCGUUAACCUUCUUGUCUUAUUUCUUGUUUCCAAAUUAUCAUUGAUUAAGAAUUGAAAACUGGGUUUGGUUUUGAGUUUCUAUUCUUCUUGGUUUUUGCGGGGCUAGCAGUGAAUGAUAUUUUGGGUUCCUCUAAUAGACAAGGGUGAAACUUGUAGAAACGAUGGUGUUGUAACUGAGGGCUGCUAUCUUGAGAAUAGAAAUUGGUCGUUUUCUUCAUCAAUCAGGGGCCCCGCUCUGAAGAUCAAACUUGUUUCUUUCUGCAAACUACCAGAAGUCAGAACCAAGUUGUUUCAAGUUAGAUUAAUGUACAAUGGCUGGUAGUAUUGCAAGUUCGCCUAUUCAGGAAACGGAUAUUACAGUUCUAAACGAAACACUUCGCUCUCAACAGCAACUUCUGCAGAAGCUCUACGCUGAGCUGGAUGUGGAAAGAGAAUCCUCUGCUACUGCCACUAAUGAAGCUUUGUCCAUGAUACUGCGUUUGCAAGGUGAAAAGGCAGCGUUAAAGAUGGAAGCAAGUCAAUACAAGAGAUUGGCAGAAGAAAAGAUUUGCCAUGCAGAGGAGUCUCUUGCCAUUUUUGAAGAUCUUAUGUAUCAGAAAGAAAUGGAAAUUUCUUCUCUUGAGUACCAAAUUCAGGCAUACAAGUAUAAACUUCUAAGCUUGGGCUGUGAUGAUUUGGGUGAUACUGGAACACCAUCAUUUCCUGAGAAUACAUAUGCAGAAAAAAAUGAUGCAUUCCCUGGAGAAAAGGGCUUUAAAGCCACUGUGAGAAGACUUAGUUCUCUGCCUGCAACCUUACCAACAGAUUUCCAUCAAAAGAAGACUACUAGUGAUGGAGAAAAAUAUCCAACUCCAGUGCCAGAUUUGUUUUCAAGAAUAGUUGCUGGAAAAUCUGACCUGGUAGUUCGUGAUCAAAGCUUGGAUUCAAAGAGGAGCUCAGUACACUCAGCUGCUGGGGACUUUGAUUCUUACUGGGAACAGAUCAGAAUGCUAGAUGAAAAGGUGAAAGAGAUUUCAGAUUGUAAAGAAGUUGGUCAAAAUAAUUUUUCUAAAGUAAAGGUUGAAUCGGGGUCCCGAAGUACAAGCUCAUUCACUGAUCCGUCGAGAGCAAAUUUUCCCCCUAAAUGUCACAACAUAAAAACUUACGAAGAUUCAUUAGAAAGAGCCAUUUCAAGUGCUGCCUGUUCCUCUAGUAUUGUGCAUGAUAUAUUUGAAGUCCCAGAUAUAAUUGAAGUUCCAGAAAGCAGUGAAAAAAACAAAACCUGCUUUAAUGGGGAAAAAUGUCAGUGUAAACCAAUUUUGGAAGGAGAUAACAGGCUCAAGAAGCCAGACUUGAUCCUGGAAGAAACUUUGGAAUCACCUGAAGAGGAUGUUAUUGACUGGAUAAAGAUGAAUAACUUUCUAAAUGCAAAGCCCGAGAAAAAAUUAUGUAAACUGAGAGAUGAGAUGAACGCUGACUGCAAAUCACCUGAUGAAUAUGAAACUGAAUGGGUAAAGAAGAAUAGCUUGCUAGGUGCAAACCAUGAGAAAAGGUUAUGUAAACAGAGAGAUCAGACUACUGCUGACUGCAAAUCGGCUCUGCUUGGCCAAGCCUCUGGUGUUAUUGACUAUCGAUCUAAGUUACAACAGCUGACUCAGAGAGUUGAGCAGCUUGAGAGUGAGAGAAACAACACAAGGCAUGAAAUUAGUGAAGGAAGGGAAGAGGAACUGAAUUUUUUGAAGGAGCUACGAGAACAGCUUAAUUCAAUACAAUCUGAAAUGAAAAGUUGGAGACCAAAGAAAUCAUCUCCUUCGGAUGAGGUGACUCUACUUCCUCUCACAGAGGCAAUGCUGUACUUUUGGAUGUAAUCAAGUACUUAAUGCGGAAUCAAGUCAAACAAGCAUGAGUGAUGUCUAUACAUGAUGGGCUAAAAAACUGCUCUGCACAAAAACUGUGUAAUGGUAUCUCUUGAUUUUCUAGCGGGUGCUGUGAUAAAAUAGAUUUUUUUUUUGGUUGAGAUUGUUUUUCAUAUAAAAUGAAAAUGAUGCAAAAAUUGCAUAACGUGCAUCCAUCAGGAAAAGAAAAAAGUGUAUGUCUUCAGAAUUCAGAGAUUUGUUUGAGCUCUUUCAUUUAUGUAUUUUCCUCCUGAAAUUGAAAUGGUUUGUGAAGCUGAGUAGUUUGUUGACUUUAUUCAUAUCUGCAAAUAUAUUUUUCUUUCAGUUCUUUAUAGGACUUUGUAACUCAAAAUCUGGUAUCAUAAUUGGAAAAUAAAGCUGCAAGGAGCCACUUAACAAGUGCCUGAAAAGUAUUAACAUUGAAACGAUCGUUUCUUAAUUCAUUUUUAGCUAUAGAAACUAACAGAUUUUCGGAUCAUGAU